AUCCUCUAAUGUUUAGAUUUAGAAGUUAAUCAGAAAGGAAACCUUUAGUUCUGCGGAGGCCCUGAAAAUCUCUCAAAAUGCCGAGAAUUCGCAAACCUGACUGUGGUCACACAACUUUGAAGGUUCUUGUUGUGAUUUACAAUAUCUUCUUUUGGCUUGUAGGAGCCACGAUUCUGUCCGUUGGAAUCUAUGCUGAGUUUGAGAAGAGGAACUAUGAAGCGGUGAGCGAUGUCCUCCUCAAUCCCUCUACUGUCCUCAUCGUUCUUGGAGCGUUCAUGUUCAUCCUGACGUUCAUUGGAUGUGUGGGGGCGCUUCGAGAAAACAUCUUACUCCUCAAAAUUUUUGGCUGGACCAUCACCAUCGUCUUCAUGCUUCAACUGAUUGCAGCAAUCAUUGCUAUUGUAUUCAAAACAAAGGCAAAGGAGCUGGUUAGUUCAGGUUUCAGCAGUGCUCUGGAGAACUACUAUGAUGAUCCUGAUAUCCACUUUGCCGUAGACGCUGUUCAACAGAAGCUGGAGUGCUGUGGAGGAUUCGACUUCAAUGAUUGGGACAAAAAUAUUUACUUUGCUUGCCAAGAUCCAGGAAGCUGUGGGGUUCCCUUCUCAUGCUGUGUCUCAACAAAGGAAGACAUGGUCAUGAACACUCAGUGUGGGGUCAACGUUCGCGAGGGAGAUCCCCAUCCAUUUGCAGUUGAUGACACCAUUUACAUUAGGGGCUGCACCGACGCUUUGCUAGUCUGGUUUCAAGAUCAUCUUGACAUAUUCAUCGGACUGACACUGGGAGUAUGUCUUCCUCAGCUUAUCGGCUGUUUGCUGACAUGGCUUUUCAUUGGAAAGAUCAGAGAGGCCCAGGACCAGUACGACUACCACCAAGCUCCAACUUCAGAUAAGAAAUAGGGGAACAGGUGCAUGAGGGGGGCAAAAGGGGUACAGGAGGGGUGCAAGAAGGGUGAAGUAAGGAUCCACAAAGGGUGUAGAAAUGGUUCAGAAAGGGUGAAAGAAGGCUUUAGAUAAGGUUCAGAAAGGGUGAAACAAGAGUGCAGGGAGGGUGUUCAAAGGGAGUUUACGCAGGGCCUAAGGGGUACAGUAGGGGUGCAAUAAGGGUGUACGGUAGUAAGGAUCCACAAAGGGUGUAGAUAGGGUUCAGAAAGGAUGAAAGAAGGGGGCAGGGAGAGUGCAGGGACAAUGUACGAGGGGAGUUUACACAAAUUAUCAGGCAUUAUAUUAAAGAGUGCAGAUAAGAUAUAGGAGAAACCGGUGCAUGAAGGGGGCAAAAGGGGUACAGGAGGGGUGCAAUAAGGGUGUAGUAAGGAUCCACAAAGGGUGUAGAUAGGGUUCAGAAAGGGUGAAUGAAUGAUGCAGGGAGACUGCAAGGAGGAUGUAUGAAGUGAGUUAACGCAAUUCACCAGGCAUUAUUUUAAAGAGUGCUUUAGUGAGAGGCUGUUUAAAUGAGCUCAUGUAUUCACGCUGAAUAGGUAAUAUUGAAAUAUGUGUAGUACAGUAGAGGUUGAGAAAAGUAACUUUCUGAAAUUAUUUGACAUUUCGUCUUUAGUCCCGAGCUCGUAUAAUUUGUACAAGCCAAUUUAUUCACCUUCAUACAUUUUGUCUUUCUCUCUCAACUGUCUCGAUGCAAAACAUUCUAGAAAAUAGGUAUGUUGAUAAUUUUCUUACAGUGAUAGAGCUGAAGUGAGUAUUUAAGAGAACUUUCAUCACGUAAAAUUCAAGAGAGCUUCCAUUCUUCAUGUAAGAUAAUAUUUGUAGAGAGUAAGAUCAUGGAUUUUCUAAAUUGUCUAUUUUAAUCGUGAUUGAUAAUAAUGACUAAUAAUGUGCAUGUAUUAGUUAGAUUCACUGUAUGCAAUUUAUAUGCACAUGUACAUUUAAGAAUAUGACAUGAAUUAUGUUGAUCUAUACUAUUGAUAAUUGACCUUUACAUAUAUAAUAGUGAAAACAAAAUUAUCAGGGAAAAUAUUUCAUAACUGCCUUUUACCAAUUCCUCGUGUAUUGAUUAGAUCUAGUAUAUUGUAUGCUGGAAUGUAAUGCUUAAUUUGGACUGAAUUGCUAUUUUUAAGUGCUAUUGUACAUGCGCAUGUCGGGUUUAACACCCCAAAAUACUAAAUAUGCCUUAUUGUGUAUAUAAAUCCCUGUAUCAUACAAGUGUUGGUAUCUUUGCUUAGAAUAUGUGCUCAGCAUUUGGUAAAUGGAGAUUACAGUGACUGCAUCUCAAUAUAUGAUUUUUACUUUUGGGUUUCCCUGAUUAUUCUUUCCCUUUGUUUGAAGUUACAAUUGUAUGGGUAAACUAAAAGGUUAUUAUGAUUAUUGUGCUUUGUUUCCUUUGUUGAAAUUUACAAUGAAUGGUUUAAGAUAAACAAUGAAUGCUUUUAGAUCUUUGUAAGUUACAAAACACCUUGCUUGCUUUAUAUUUUGUUUUAUAGUAUAUAUUUUUUCUUCUAUAUAAUAGAGCUUACCUUGCCUUUUUUCUCUUGUAGUCAAACUUAUGAAUGUUUUUAAUUUACAUACCAGUACAUGUAUAGAUGUAAUACCUUUGUAUUCGGUACAAAAUGGUUGCAUGUUUAUUAUGUAACGUAAUAUGUGUAAACUUAACUCGGUUACGUUGCUUCACUGUUGGUCACUUUAGUUAAAACUAGUGAUAUGUAUAUGUUUCAAAUAUUUUGCCACUUUUUGUUAUGGUAUUUUGAGCUGAGUUUCAAGCAUUAUGCAAGGGACAACCAUGCAAAGAUAAAACAUAUGCAAAUACAAUGAGCGCUUACAAGUGUAACUGCAAUAGUCCUUCUGUAAUUCUGUAUACAUAUUAAGUAAUGUUCCUUCAAUUGCUGUAGUAGUAUUUACAUUUUUACAUGACUCUGCAGUCUUUAUAAUAUUAUUGAGGUAUAUUGUUUCUAUCUAAAUAUACUUUUUUUCAAGAUUAGGUGAGGUUUACAUGACUUUGGAUAUAAUUUCUUGCCACCAUUUUAUAUUUCAUAUCGCUGAUGGGUACUUUAUAAGCCUAUAAAGAUCAAGGUUUCCAAAUCUAAAGUAACACAGAUUCCUGUUCAUCAGAUUGGUUAAGAAAGAUACAGAGGUUUUUUUUUCUGUCUUAAGAAUUCUUGAGGAGGGAUGGUCUUGAAUUCCACAAAGAAUUAUGAAACUUGUUGGAUAAAAUUGCAAAAAUGAUUAAUUUUUCCAUACUUUUGAAGUAAAUCAUGUAACAUAAUUUUUAUGUGUGAAUAGAUUGCAUGGAUAUAUUGAUAUGUAUAAUUAGGAGUUUGUAAUUACAUGUAUUAUGAAUUAUGUUACAAUUGUAGAGUACUUAGGAGGAUAUAUAUGAAUUAAUAUUUUGAAAAAUUAUUAAAAUGAUUGCUGCUAUAGAAGCAUGAUGGAAGAGAAAAAACUAAAACCUUAUAUUUUAAAUAAUACAAAUGUGGGGUAAAAGUUGUUUUUUCACUAGGGAAAAAUCAAUAAAUUCAUAUAUUUCUAUUGCAAAUAA